UUGCUCCCGGGAUCUCAAUAACAAACGGGCAAUCGUAAGGGCCAAAAAACGCCCCAAAACAACUCACUCUCAGCCCAUUCCACGGGGGUGUGCAGCCGUGCAACGAUACGUAAUUAAGUUUUGUGAAAAAGCGCGCGCGUGUCUGUAGUUCUGCAUCAUCAUAUCUACCCGCAGAGUUGUCCACGGAAAGCGAAACAAUUGUGCUGUGUUGUGGUGCGCGUCUCUCCGGUGGUUUGGUGAUAGCGUAGAAGCAGCAGGGUGGCCAGAAGCUGGUCAUACGGUUAAUUAUUCACGGCUAAUGCAGUCCCUUUUCGUGCGGUGUGCCGCUAUUGCAAUUGCUCUAAAAUACUGCAAUACGCGUUCAAUUGUGCUGUGUGGCAAGGCAUGUGAUAUUGUGUGGCUUAAAGGGAGAAAAAUAGUGCAGUAUUCCGCCGUGAGCAGCUGAUUUUUUACACGCCAAAUAAUAGUAGCAGUACGCAAAAGCGAUAGCGAAUAUGCCCGUGGUUGUUGAGGGUAAUUUUCGGCAGCAGCCAGCAGCAGCAGCAUCCCUGCAGGCAUCGCCCUCCACCCCAUCCAGGACGAUGUCGCCGGACGGUUCGGAGGCUUCCGCGUUCGCUCUGAUAGAAGCAGCCGGAUCCCAGGCCAAUCUUCCCGCUGUCGGAGAUAGUACGUUCAUCAACGGAUCCGGUACGACGAACGGUGCUGGUCUACUGCAUCCCUGGAAUGGGACAAUCCCCGACAUCUCGAGGUCACCUUCGGUUGGUGAUACUUUCGUAUCGGCUGCAGCCUCUUCCGAUAUGCCGUAUCCUUCAUCUUUCUCGGACUGUACGGACGAUUCCGAGUCGGGGCCGGAUGAGGAGGUUGCGGAUGUGGCCGAUAGGGCCUCCUUUCCGUACAUCACGACCGCAACCAUCACACUACUGAGCGGUAGCAAUAAUUCGAUCGAUCCGGUAGACGUGACGGGUUCGGGUGGACAUUUGCCACCGCCCAAUCGGUUGGAAUCGAACGGUCCUGUAGUACCGGUGGAAACCACCCCGGAAACGCACCUAAAGCAGGGAGCGCUUUCUCCAGGUCAAGGCCCAUCAUCAUCAUCAUCAUCGUCAGCAACGACGUCCAUUUCCGUAACGAUCGCUUCAGUUGGUGAAGACUCGACCGAACGGGAGCUAAACGAAUCCCACGUCAGCGUGCAGAUUGUCCCGGAGAAAAAAGGACUCUUUCUGAAGCAUUCCGAAUAUGAGAUCAAGCUGAAGGGCAUGGAAAAAACGGUACGGCGGCGCUACAAAGAUUUCGUCACCCUUCAUCGCUACCUGGCGGAGAAGUAUCCAUAUCGGCUUCUUCCAGCGCUGCCACCGAAGCAGCUGAUGCUGGACUCGCUGCUCGAAGAGCGACGCCGGGGACUGCAGACGUGGCUUAUCAUCGUGUCGCUGCAUCCCGUGCUGGGCAACUCACCGAUCGUUUGCACCUUUCUGCGCGAUACCACCACCGACCACCAGUACCGGUUGCGCGUGGCGUACGAGAAGCAAAUGGACGAGCUGGUUCGACUGCGUCCCGACGCAACCCUGCCCGAUGCGAACGUGGACGCGCUAGUCGAAGCGCGAACCCGCCUACGGCGCGUCCAGCACAGCAUGGGACGAUUGCAACAACUGUACGAUCGGCGAUUAUGUCACUCCCAGCGCCAACCGGCGGAAUGUGCCGAAAUUGAUCGCAUUUUGCAAUGCCGCGACCUGCGGGAUGUGUUCCGCGAGGACGGUACGUUUGAGGAUAUGUGCACGGGUGAGCGAUUCGUUGCCAAACAGUAUGAACGGUACGUACAGGUUCAGCAGCGCGCCGUUACGGAGCGGUUGGACGUUUUGCUGCAGGUGCUGCAUGCCCACAGCGAACUGUGCGAGCGGAUCGAGAAAAGCAUCAUGGCAGAUCAGCAUCGAGCUUUGGCCAAAUCUGCCGCAGGCAGUACCGGAAGCAAUCGUACAAAGACAAAAGCUCCUAGCAAUAGUCAAAGCGCUACGCCAGCCUACGAUGCGCCCGAUUCAAACCAUCUCGCCCGUCGUUCGGCGUUCGCAUACAGCUGUGCCCAAGCUGAAACGGCACUGGCGGAACGCUAUCUGCAAUCUUUGCCUUCGAUACUGCUUUCGUACGCGCACGAGGAGCAACAGCACCAUCAGAAGGUAAAGCUUGCGCUCCGUAGCGCCGAUCAUCCGCGAUCGGUACGAUCCGCUCACAGCCAUACUAACCGUUGGAAAUGUUUCGUAAAUCUUUCUUUCACUCCAGAUGUCGAAGAUAUGGCAUCGUUUAGUGGUUAGCGAGUCUAGCAGGCUCGACUAAAAUGCUCCCCACAAAAACCUGCUGCACAAGCAAUCGCAAACAACGUUGUGAGAAUUAAGUACAGGAACUAACGAUCACGCUCGAAAACAGUGAAG